GUCUAGUUAAUUUCCAAUUAAGUUCGGUGCAAGUUGCUAAUUGUAAUUUUAGCAACUUGCUGUCGUAUCAUUGUGAUUUACAAAUUUAUUUUUAAAUUGUUUACAAAACAGAUAAGUAAUUGUUGGAACUUCAUGAUUUGUUAUCGAGUAUGACGUAUAUAAUAUUAUUAUGAUUUUAUGAUCGGCACCGUUUUAGUAUAUCAUAUUAUAAGUAACAAUUAAAUCAGUCACAAUCUGUGCAUUGACAUAACCACCGUCAAUAUCCAGUCUACUGAACCACAUAGCAUUGAAACUUGAUACAAACGGAAUGAGAUAUGAUAAAGUACAAGAGUUUUAUCCCAGCCCAGGACAAACUGAAAGGAAGAAUUUGCUUUGCUGUUAUAACGAUAUUCGUGCUCGCGUUUUACUACUCGAAGAAGUUAACGACACGAAUGUCACAUGAAUUGGACAUUGUGAGUACGGGACGCGUAUUGCUAUCAAUUAACAACACCAAUGAAACAACUCAGACUUCAAUAUUCGAAGACAUUUUCAUUUUCGAAGAACGCACUUUGACGAUAUUUAUCACAUCCACUGUGUCACUGUACUUAUUCCUAUUUUUAGGGGUAGUGUGCAAUCGUUAUUUGGUACCAUGUAUUCAUAUAAUAUCAAUGAGAAUGAAAUUAAGCCAAGAUGUUGCGGGGGCGUCUGUAAUGGCUGCUGCAGUUGCUUGUCCCGAAUUAUUUGUCAAUAUACUCGCAACUUUUUUUACUGAAGGUGAUGUUGGAAUUGGUACAGUAGUGGGGACGGGUUUAUUCAAUUUACUAUUAGUCCCCGGCCUUUGUAUACUUAUGGCUGAAAAUAAAACUAUACAUCUAGAGUAUUGGCCAAUCACACGUGAUGUCAUGGCAUACUUGUUAACUAUUACAUUAUUAGUAUGGACGUUAGCCGAUAGUAAAGUAUAUGCGUAUGAGGCUUUGAUCUUAAUUUUAGUAUACGUUUUUUACUUAAUAAUUCUUUCUUAUAGCAAUUAUUUAAAUAAACUAUUCAAGCGAUGUUCUCGAAGACUAGAGCCAACGACUGAAAUUCAAAAUGAAAAUCGUCCUAUUCUCCCAUUAAAUGGAAUCGAAUCAAAUGGGUUCAUGGUUCACGAACAUAUAAUUUUACCAACAUGGAAAGACCGGAUUUGUGAUUAUCUUUUGUCAGUCAAAAAUGUAUUAGUCUGGCCUAUAGUUUUAAUACUAAAAUUGACAGUUCCUAGCUCUAAUAGUCAAGACAGAGUCUUUUGGGUGCCAAUUACUAUGUUUAUGUGUGUGUUUUGGAUUGGAUGUGGAUCGUUUGUCGUUGUAGAGUUAAUCACUAUCAUAGGAAAUGAAUUUUCAAUACCCGAUUCUGUCAUGGGUUUAACAUUAUUAGCAAUCGGAAUGAGUGUUCCAGAAAUGGUUUCUAGUAUUGCCGUGGCACGUCAAGGCCAAGGGACAAUGGCGUUAUGUACUGCAUUGAGUUCAUCUACAUUCGACGUGUUGAUUUGUCUUGGUUUACCCUGGUUCGUAAAAGCAAUGUGGUUUCACAAAAAGGGUUCCAGCGCAUCUAUAGACGUUCAUUCAAGAGGACUUGAUGACAGUGCUAUAGCUGUCAUGAUUACUACAAUUGGGUUUAUGAUAUUGAUGUGGGUCAAACAAUUUGUACUGACUAAGCGAACUGGAGUAUUUUUCGUUUUGAUGUGGUUAUUGAUUUGUUCUGCAAUGGUUUACAACGAGUACAGGCCUACAACUUAAAUGGCUACAACACGAUUGCACAGUUUAGACAUCAAUUAACUAUUUGGCACAAAGUAACUGAUGAAAAGGGUAAAACGGAUGGUAUUGUGGGUGACAGCAGAUGAUUAUAAUAUUAUGUUAUCAGCUACGGAUUUGAAACUCUGUACCAAGUCAAAACAACCAGUUGAUAAUUGUACAUAUAAAUAAUUCAUCUAUUUUUAAAAGAAGACCGUUUUGCAAUUAUAAUGCAAUUUGAAAAUAUUAUUAUGACUAAUGUAACGUUUACAACUUUAAUUACAAUUUAACCAUGGAAA